AUGGGAGCCGGAUCUUCUCAGUAUCAAAUCCACCAGCCUCCUCUAUUGAAACAAAAGAACACAGUGUUGGAAUUGUAUUUGUUUUCUGCCUCUGCCAAAGAUCCUAAAGAGAAAAGUCAGGCUUCUGUAUUUGAAUAUCAUACUAGAAAAGACAGUGUAGAAUGGGUCAAAUCAAGUGUCCAUAGACUCAGGCUUAUACGACAUCCUGGAAUUAUUAAAUUUAUUAGUGUACAAGAGGAAUCGUCGGAUGUCGUGAGGAUUGUCACAGAACCUGUCCUUCCACUUCGAAUGUUGUUGAAUACUCUCAGUCAAGAACAUGUGAUACUUGGUAUACGUCAGAUCAUCGAGACUCUGGAAUUCUUACACAGUGAAAAGCUCUGUCAUAAUAAUUUGAGACUUGAUUCGAUAUAUAUUUCGUCUGAAGAUGGGAGGUGGCUCGUUGGAGGACUGGAAGCCAUGACGCCUUUCAAUGAUUUGAAUCCAGUUGUAUUGGCAAAACUAAGAAUGCUCGUUCCAGCAGACAUUGUUCCUCCAGAAGAUCUAGAUCCCACCUUGCAAGGAGAGCCUGCUGCUAGGGAUUCAUACGCAUUGGGGUUCUUGCUGUCAGACAUAAUAUCACGCUUCCUUGUCUCGACCAAACCAAUGUACCCACCAACUCCUGAGAACGCAGCUCCUCCAUCAGAAGCAACCACGAAAACAGAUGUCUCACCCACCAAAACAGAUUCACCACCACCGUCAAACGUGUACGACUGGUAUGGUCUACAGGAUUGUGCCGACAAGAUGCUCAGUAGACAGCCUGUCAAGCGUUUACGGGCGUCAGAGUGUCUAAGGCAUCCAUUCUUCUCCCAUAAUCCUUUUGCCAAUGCAAUAGCAGCGUUAGGAGGCAUUCGUACUCUUGAUGCCAGCAAGAAGACGCAAAUGUUCGCAGAACUACCUGCCAAACUGUCAAUGCUGUCUUCUCAAACCGUCGUCGAGUAUAUAUUACCACUGUUACUUCAGCCUGAGAUGUUCUCGGAACCAGGCUCGUCAGCAACUUUUGCCGUCCUAUUUUCGUGUCGCAACCCUCAACCAAUAUUAACUCCCAGCGAGUACCAAACCCACAUACUUCCAUACAUAAAGGCGAACUGGACCAUUAGAAGACUUGACGUUCGCCGUGGUCUUCUAGAAACCUUUGAAGAAUAUCUGCACGCACUCGUGGAAACAGAACACAAAUUCAUAGAAACGGUGCUGCUCUCUGAAAUCCUGAUUGGUCUGGAAGAAAUCGACAUGGACGUGUAUAUAAUGUCUAUUAAGUGUCUUUGUAUACUGGUGCCACGUAUAGCGCUUACGGAUUUGCCAUCAUCGACACGAGCCAAUAUAACAGACCCACUUCGACCUUCAGCAGAGAUGUUAAGACCAUCACCUUUAGAAGUCAGUGCCUCUUCAGUCGAUCCUACAAGGCCUGAUUCUGCUACUCAAUCACGAGCAGGAGAUUCCUCGAGUCAACAACUACCCGCUUCGAUGAGUAUACAGAGUAUUGUCGAUGGAUUUGUGAUUCCACAUAUAUUGACGGUUGUGUGUAUGGAGGAUGUUGAUGAUGGUGUUUGGUGGCAGGUUGUUGAGAGUUGUGUUAUGCUUUGGAAGAGGUUGUGUGUGUUAGAAGGUCGUUAUAAGAUGGCUCAACUGCGAAUUCCGACCAGAUCGUUGCUACGUCUUAUAUCCCUCAUUCUCAAAUCCAGCUCCUCAACCCGCAAAGUGUUCAUAGUAUCCAAACUUAUACUAUCGGAUUUGACACCACAAGGCAUGAACGCCCAAUCGUUUGCCUUUUUGCAUUGGGGACCUCGAGCAAUCGAAUUGCUGACCCCCAUGUUAAGAGAUGAAUCCAAGGACUUGAGAACUAUGGCCGCAUCUUCCAUUCAAAAACUCGCAACAGCAGUAUCAGAGGCUAUGGAUCACGCACCUUCUGUGCUUCGACGACGAGAUGAAUCCGAAUCUACAACCCAAAGGCUACGUCGAGUUACUCACCAACACUCUGCAUCACGAAGAAUCCGUCUACCACGAAUGGGUCCAAGAGUCGCCGCACCUCAAAAGGAAGAAACAGCCGGUCCGAUAAAGCUCUCUAUAGAUCGUAGUAGUUUAGAUGCAGAAGAUGAUUGGGUUGAUGAGCCUACGAGUGCUGGUGGUGAAUCAUCGACUACUGGUAUGGAAAGUCUCAAUAGUAGUAGUAGUAGCAGCAAGACGAAAUCAACAACACCAGCACUAUCUGCCACCUCGUCGUCAACAACGAAAUCAUCUAAGUUGACACCUAUAGAAGAAAGCAGGGGUAGUCAUGAGGAGUUAUCCAGCAGUAGUGCCGCUACAAGGAGCUCAAAGUCUGAAAAGGAGGCUAGUCAGUCGACGUCUGGAAAUCAACAACAGCAACAAAACUCGAAAUCUAAACCUCAGCAAAUCAACACGAAUAAUUCUACAGACAGCAAGUCGUCAUAUAAGCCCAGCCCACUUAGAAUGGCUCAGUCUGCUGCUGUGUCGGAUGAUGCACUGUCAAGUAGCGCGUCGUCAUUGGAGUCUCUUAGUUACGACCACAAUACGCGUGACGUGAAGCUCAAUUCACCUUAG